AUGAACCCUAGUCAACAGGUCAACUCUGUCGGUGUUACAGGCAACUUCAGCACGGUUAGUCGUCAGUUUACUCACGAAAACCUACAAACUUUACUUGCGAAAACUAAAGCUAUGCAAGCGCGUGGUGAUACAGAGGCUAAUAAUCCUGAACUUGCUCAAUCUCUUAAUAUUUUAAGGGCUCUCCAACAACAGCAACAGAAUGUCGUAGCCAUUUCUACUGGCGGUAGUGGUUCGGAUAAUGUUAAUGGAGGUGAAGGUGAUGCUGGUAAAACUCCUCCUUCAUCAGUACCGACAUCAUCCACAGAUACCCAAAUUACUCAGAAUUCACAAGUACCUCCAACUCCUUUAUCUGGUGAUCAAUUAAUGUCUUUGAAAUAUCAAAUUCUAGCGUUUAAAUUAAUAUCGAGGAAUCUACCUGUACCAUUUUUAUUACAACAAGCAAUGUUUCAUCCAAAUCAAGUACAGGGUAUAUCUUCACAAGAUUUAGUAGGGUCAAUACCUGGAAAAAUUGUAGAAGCUUCAAAUAUUCAUCAUAAUCAACAAGCAUCUCCAACUGCUUCAAUAUCAUCGACAGAUAUAGUUUCUUCACCACAACCCACAGGGUCAGGUUCAUCGUAUAAUUCUUAUACAAAUCCUCACACAUAUUUAAAACCUGUCCAAUCAUAUUCACAUGCUUCUCGUCAGCAAAGAAUGCUAAUACCAGCCAUAAUGCCUGUUGGUCUUGAUCCUCAAGAAAUUGCUGCUGAAAGAGAACGAUUUCUUCAUGCCAGAAGGCAACAAAAAAUAAUUGAAAUGCAGCGUUUUUUGAAUGAAAAUGUUAAAAUCGAUAAUCAUCAAAGAAUACGGAUCGAGAAACAGCUAAAGUCUUUAAAAGUAUUUAAUAGACAGCAAAUGCUUCGACAAGAAAUAAUAAAGUGUAUGAAUCGGUCAACCUCACUGGCUUCAUCAACUGAUCGCGCUGCCUUUAAGAAAAUGAAAAGACAAUCUAUUAGGGAUGCAAGAUUCACAGAUAAACUUGAGAAACAGCAAAGAGAAGAUAGACGACGUAGACAAAGACAAAAGCAUUUGGAUUACUUGCAAAGUAUUAUUACUCAUCGUUCAGAAAUGCAAACAUGGCAUCGUACAUAUCAGGGGAAACAACUUAAAUUUGGGCGUGCAGUUUUGGCGUUUCAUUCACAAAUUGAGAAAGAAGAACAGAAGAGGAUAGAACGUAUUUCUAAAGAACGUAUUAAAGCCUUAAAAAAUGAUGAUGAAGAGGCUUAUCUUAAACUUAUUGAUGAAGUCAAGGAUACAAGAAUUACACACCUUUUAAAACAAACGGAUUCUUAUUUGGACUCUUUAGCUCAAGCUGUUGUUGCGCAACAAAAUGAUGAAUUGCAUAGUGAUCCAACUGUUAGAGGUGGAAUUGAAUUGAUGGAUGAGGAUGACGAGGAUUCUAUGACCAUAAUCAAUGGCAAAAAGGUUGAUUAUUAUGCCGUCGCUCAUAGAAUUAAUGAGGAGGUAGAACAACCAACUAUGAUGAUGGGUGGUACUCUGAAAGAAUACCAAGUUAAAGGUCUUCAAUGGAUGAUUUCAUUAUACAACAAUCGUUUGAAUGGUAUUCUUGCUGAUGAAAUGGGUCUUGGGAAAACCAUUCAAACUAUUUCACUGGUCACUUACCUCAUUGAAAGGAAAAAGCAAAAUGGGCCUUUCUUGAUCGUUGUUCCUUUAUCCACUUUGACUAAUUGGACCAUGGAAUUUGAGAAAUGGGCUCCUUCUGUGAUAAAAUGCGUAUAUAAGGGAACUCCGAAUAUUCGUAAAGAACUUCAACAACAAUUCAUAAAACAUACCAAUUUUCAAGUCCUCCUCACAACGUACGAAUACAUUAUAAAAGACAAAACCGUAUUAAGUAAACCUCGCUGGGUGUAUGUCAUCAUCGAUGAAGGUCAUCGCAUGAAAAAUGUGAACUCAAAAUUAUCAAUAAUUUUGACGAACAAUUAUCAAUGCCGAUAUCGGUUAAUUUUGACGGGUACACCUUUACAGAAUAAUCUCCCUGAAUUGUGGUCACUUUUGAAUUUCAUUUUGCCAAAAAUCUUCGAUUCUGUAAAGAGUUUUGAUGAAUGGUUUAAUACACCAUUCGCUAAUACAGGCGGUCAAGAUAAAAUAGCAUUAAACGAAGAAGAGUCAUUGCUUAUAAUAAGACGUUUACACAAGGUUCUAAGACCGUUCCUUUUACGUCGUCUGAAAAAGGAUGUUGAAUCAGAAUUACCUGAUAAGGUUGAACGGGUAGUAAAGUGCAAGCUUUCUGCUUUACAAACGAAAUUAUAUAGCCAAAUGAAAAGACAUGGGGUAUUGUUUGUAAACACUGGUGAAAAGGGGAAAACCGGUAUUAAAGGUCUUAAUAAUACAAUUAUGCAAUUGCGUAAAAUAUGUAACCAUCCAUUUGUCUUUGAUGAAGUCGAAAAGGAUGUAAAUGGCAGCAAUAAUAAUCAUUUACUUUACCGAGUAUCGGGCAAGUUUGAAUUAUUAGACAGGAUAUUACCAAAGUUUUUUACGACUAAUCAUAGGGUUUUGAUAUUCUUCCAAAUGACUGCUAUUAUGACUAUUAUGGAAGAUUUUCUUAAUUGGCGAGGAUUUAAGUAUCUUCGUCUGGAUGGUACUACAAAGGCCGAAGAUCGUUCAGGUUUACUGCAGAAAUUUAACGCGCCGAAUUCCGAUUAUUUUAUAUUUUUACUAAGUACACGUGCAGGUGGUUUGGGUUUGAAUUUGCAAUCAGCAGAUACCGUAAUCAUCUUUGAUUCAGAUUGGAAUCCUCAUCAAGAUUUGCAAGCUCAAGAUCGUGCACAUCGUAUUGGUCAGACAAAAGAAGUUCGUAUUUUACGUCUAAUUUCUCAAAAGUCGAUCGAGGAACAGAUUCUAGCACGUGCACAAUAUAAACUUGAUAUUGAUGGUAAAGUUAUCCAAGCUGGUAAGUUUGAUAAUAAGAGUACGGCAGAAGAACGGGAAGCAUUUUUGCUUAAUGAUAUCAUUUCUCGAAAUGAUGCUGAACUUGAAUUAUUUAGAAAGAUGGAUAAUGAAAGAUAUGAUGAAGAAGAAAAAGAAUGGCGUUAUACCGGAGGAAGAGGAAAGCGUCCAGAAAGAUUAAUUGAGGAAAGAGAAUUACCGAUGGUUUACAUAAAGGAGUAUGACACCGUAAUACAACAAGAGGAUUCUAGUAUUGAAUAUGGUCGUGGGCAAAGGCCAAGAGGAGAAGUUCAUUAUGAUGAUGGAUUAACGGAAGAUCAAUGGGUCAAUGCUAUACAGGAUGAUGAUAUAGACGUCACUGAAAUAAUAGCCAAAAAACAGGCAGCAAAGAAAAAACGUAUAGCGAAAAAGAGUCAAAAAACACACACACCUGAGUCAUUACAAAAGUCUACACAUCAUCACGAUUUGCAACAUGUGAUACAUUAUGAUGAAUUAAGUGCUGAUACAUCUGAAUCCAAGGAAUCCAAGAAAAAACGAGGGAGACCACGUAAAGAUGAAUCACAUAUUACAGAUGAUAUAGGUGAUUCACAAUCUAAAUCUUCAAAAAAGAAAGGUAAAGGUAAACGAUUAGAGAUUGUUGAUUACGGUGGUCCCUUAGAUCAACCUAAAAAUAAGAAGCGUAAAACAAUUAAAAAAUCUCAUGAUGAUGAAAGUAUACAUGAAACACAGAUGAAGAGACUCUUUAUGCAAUGUUAUUCUGCUGUUGAAAAUCUUACAGAAGAUUCAGAAGGCGAACCUCGUCAACGUGCAUAUCUAUUCUUGCUACUCCCUAGCAAAAAGGAUUAUCCAUAUUAUUACCAAAUAAUUACUAAACCUAUCGCUAUGGACACAAUAAAAAAAAGGAUCAAAAAUAAUUCAUACAAGUCACCAAAGCAAUUUCGAGAUGACUGGCAUCUUAUGUUUAAUAAUGCAAGAACCUUCAAUGAAGAGAAUUCACAAAUCUAUAUGGAUGCUGACAAGUUGCAGGAAAAGUUUGAUUCCAAGUUUGAAGAACUUUUCCCAGCUGGUGAAUUUCCAUCUGAAGACAUGGAAUUAUUGACCAAAAAAAGACUUUCUCCUAAAAACACCAUCGCAAAAUAUUCUAAUGAUAAUGUUGAUUUACCUUCAAAUAAAAACUUCAUAGACCUUCCAUCACUUCCUAUAUUUAAGCAACUUCUUAAACAUGCCGAAACACAACCUAUGCAAAAAACCGCAAUUGUGGAUGUAAAAUCAAACUCUUCUCAUUCAUAUCGAGAUCUUGUCUCUGAUAUAUCAUCAUUUAGAAGUAAAUUAUUAAAAGAAUCUUUUAAUCAAGACUUAAAUGAGAAAUGUAUAGCAUUUUUAUGUCCAAGCGGAUAUGAUUAUGUCGUUUCUCAAUGGUCAAUUUGGUCAGCUGGAGGAAUUUCUGUUCCAUUAUGUACAACACAUCCGAAAUCCGAGCUUUUAUACGUAUUAAAGGAUUCGCAAGCAUCCACAGUUAUUACACAUCCGGACUUUUAUGAUAAGAUAAAAGAUGUGACCAAAGAGGCAGGAAUAAAUAAUCUCAUGAUAAUUGGAGAAAAAGGUCAUAGAUAUAGCGAUUUUGAUGGAAAGAAUUAUAAGCCUCCAUCCAUAGUUUCGAUGAAAGAAUCACGUAGAGCUUUAAUUAUAUAUACUAGUGGAACUACAGGAAAGCCAAAAGGAGUGGUUUUAACUCAUUCUAACAUUAUGGCUCAAGUUUUACCACUUAUUAAAACUUGGAGAUGGAGCGAUAAAGAUAGGAUAUUACAUGUAUUGCCUUUACAUCAUAUGCAUGGGAUAUUAAAUGCACUUACAUGCGCGAUUCAUGCAGGAGCAACUGUUGAAAUGUCACCAAAAUUUGACGCAGCCGAAGUGUGGAAUAGGUGGAUGAGUCCCGAAAGAAAUCUUUCUUUAUUUAUGGCUGUUCCCACAAUUUACUCAAAAUUGAUUCAACAUUAUAAGUGUAAGAUUCCUGAUGAAUUAAAACUUCAAGCAACAGAAUCAUCUUCACAGUUUAGAUUAAUGAUUUCUGGAUCAGCAUCUUUACCUCGUCCAAUUAGAAAUACUUGGAAAGAAAUUAGUGGUGGGCAAAUACUUUUGGAAAGAUAUGGAAUGAGUGAAAUUGGAAUGGCUUUAAGUCAUGAAUACGAAGAAAAAAAAAGAUUUGAGGGAUGUGUUGGAUUUCCUUUACCAGGAGUUCAGAUAAGGUUAAUUUCUGAAGGGGGGAAAAAUGUUACUAAUUUAACUGAGGUACCAGGUGAAAUCCAAGUCAAGGGACAAAAUGUAUUUAAAGAAUAUUGGAAUAAACCUGAAGCUACACAAAAAGAAUUUACACAAGAUGGAUGGUUUAAAACAGGUGAUAUAGCAAUUAGAACUGAAAAAGAAAAUGUAUUCAAAAUACUUGGAAGAAAUAGUAUUGAUAUUAUUAAAUCCGGAGGAUAUAAAAUUUCCGCAUUAGAAAUUGAAAGAGAAUUAUUAUCACAUCCAAAUAUUUUAGACGUUUGUGUUUUAGGAGUUGAAGAUUUAGAAUGGGGACAAAAGAUUGGUGCUAUAGUUGUAUUAGAAAAUAAGGAAUUGAAAAUGGAUUUAAAUGUGUUGAAAGAAUUUUCCAAGGAUAAAUUGGCCAAUUAUAAAAUUCCUAGUUUGUUAAAAGUUGUAGAAGAAAUACCCAAGAAUGCUAUGGGUAAAGUAAAUAAGAAAGUGUUGGUUAAGUUAUUUGAUGGCGUAAACAUAAAUAAAGGUUAA